GAAUGGGGGAGGCGGGGGUCCUUGUCUGCCAGUUAGGAUGGUGUCAGGAGUCCUUCAGGGAUGGAGGAGUUGACAGGUUCCUAUGGGUCUAAAAGUAGAGAGAGAGGAACAGCAGAACAAGUUUUCUUCGGGUGAUUUUCACUGGCUGAUUUCUUCCAUACUGGCACGUUACCUGAACAUAGUUAUGUUCUCAAGUUGCUAAGAAGAGUCUUCCCUGAAGUUGCAGGGAGGUGCUAAUGAAAAUACUCAAGAGAAACAACUGCUCUUUGGCAGCUAAAAAUAACUGAAAGCCUCUGUGCAGGAGGUGGUCACUAAUGUUUAGUGCGCCGUUGUUGAAACGCAGGGCUCUGUAAUGAUUGCAGCUGGCCACAGAUGUGCUUGUGAGGAGAUAGCGGAGCCAGCGCUGGUGGGGACAUGGCUCACCGACCGUGCUGCCUGGCACCACGCGACGUUCUAGGGGAAGGACAGUGGACACAGCCGUCUGUCCUGAAAUUACUGCCGCACACCUAAAAAUCAUACGCUAGACACAAUGGAGAGGCCUUCCUUGGAAAUUAACCUGCCCGAUACUCAUGAAGAAGGAAAACUUUAUGUGGUUGAUUCUUUAAACAACCUAAACAAACUAAAUGUUUGUCCAGAUAUAUCCCAACGUGUGCUAGAUGAAGAAGAGAACACUGGUGGUACUGGAGAAAACACGGCAGGGAGCAACAUAAGAAACCAGUGUUUGUUCUUCGUCACCUUUAUUCUUACUUUGAUCAUCAGUUUGGCACUUGUUUCAUUCGUAAUAUUCUUAAUAAUUCAAACUAGAAACAAGAUGGACCAAAUAUCAAGCAGACUAAUAUCUGAAAAGAAGAACAUAGAAGAGCUUAGGAAAAUGAACAAUAUGAUAUUGAAGCAUCUAAAUCAAUCAGAAAUUAAGGAAAAGGGGAGAUACUUCUUCACACAGUCUCCCGAUCUUCAGGAUUACCUCUUUACCCAUGCUGAGCUGAAAGUCCCUGGAGAAUAGAUCUUCUUUGGAAUGAAAUUCAGCAUAUUCAUGUACUGAGAUAUAUUCACAUAUGGCACACAGGUUACUUAAACAUUCUGAUAUGGUCACAGGAGCAUUGGAAAAGCCAGCUGAAUGAAAAAUAUUAGAAAAUAAUGUUUUAUGUGAAUAUAGAUUUUGAAAACUAAGCCCAUAUGAUUUACAAUAAACAAUGGACUGUCAACAAUUUUUGGCAAGAGUUCCAGAUUCUCUGUGCAUUGUAAAUUGCAGGGCUAAGGGCUUAGUUUUACUUUAAAUGUAAGUGAAUGAUCACAGAAAAUAGUGAUUUCUAUUCACAUGAUUCCAGCAU